AUGCCGCUCGCUCCCAAGCAAAGGUAUUUUGGCUUCAAAGGAGGAUGGCUGGUAUUUUGGAUCACCGUUGCUUGUGCAACGGACAUGACUCUUUUCGGUUAUGACCAGGGUGUCUUUUCUGGCGUUGUUGUAAGCGAUAACUUCCUAAAGUUGCACGAUCUCGUAGGACCAUCCAGGACCAAAGUCUUAUCGACUCUCGCUGCCAUAUAUGACGUGGGUUGCUUCAUCGGUGCGAUUGUGGCCUUCACCAUCGGCGAAAGGCUAGGACGAAAGAAGACUAUCAUGAUAGGCACUGCGAUCAUGUCGGUCGGUGUAAUUCUCAAGACCAGCUCGUUCAGCCUAGCACAAAUGUUCGUUGGACGUGUGAUUCUAGGUAUUGGCAAUGGCAUCAACACGGCAACAGCGCCAAUUUGGCAGACUGAGACGGCACCUGCAAAGCUCAGAGGAAAACUCGUCAUCCUGGAGAUGAUGACCAACGUUGGAGGCUUCAUGGUCGUCAACUGGAUUAACUAUGGAUUGAGCUUCGUACCAGGCUCGGUUCAAUGGAGGCUACCUUUAGCCCUUCAGUUCGUCUUCAUCUUCGUUCUGUUCGCUACAGUUCCCUGGCUUCCCGAAUCUCCUCGUUGGCUCAUUGCGCAUGAUCAAGACAGCGAGGCUACUCAAAUUCUAGCCGAUCUAGAAGACAAACCUAUCGAUCACGCUUAUGUCAUAGCGCAAUACCAAGAGAUCUCAUACGGCGUUCAGUACGAACGUGAACACGCCAUCAAAUGGAGCGACCUCUUGCGCGGCCGCACCCAAGAUGGCACCAAGAAUGUUCGUCGCCUACUUCUAGGAGCUGGGACACAGUUCAUGCAGCAGUUCGGCGGAAUAAAUAUAAUGAGCUACUAUUCGCCUACAGUGCUCAUUGUGUACGUCGGGAUGAGCAAUUCUAUGGCUCGCCUGCUGUCCGCUUGUAAUGCGGUCUCCUACUUUAUUUUCGCAGGCGUUGCAGUCUUAUUCGUCGAACGCUUGGGCCGCAGAUCUUUGAUGAUGAUAUCUACCUUUUUGCAGCUGAUUGCUUUCCUUUGCAUCUCGGUGCUCCUCAAGUACGCCAUCGCCAACGGCGUGACCGCAUGUGCUAAGGCAGCCGUCUUCUUUUUCUUCUUCUACAACAUCGCAUUUGCUGUAGGCAUGCUCGGAGUUCCCUGGCUCUAUCCUGCCGAAAUCAACAGUUUGCCCAUGCGCACCAAGGGUGCAGCUGUGGCCACUGCCACGAACUGGAUUACGAACUUUGUCAUCGUUGAAAUUACUCCUAUUGGUUUCCAGAACCUAGGUUGGAAGUUCUGGCCAAUCUGGGUAGCAACCAAUGCCCUCUUCUUGCCUGUGAUCUUUCUGCUCUAUCCGGAGACAAGUUAUCGGACUCUUGAAGAUCUAGACGAAUACUUCAGAUCUGACCCAAGUCUGCUCGUCUUCAGGGACAAAGACGCCAUCUCUAGCAAGAGACCUCAGAAGUAUAUUGACAGAGAAAAUGAAGAAGUUCACAAGGUGGAAGAGCAUGAUGUUGUUGGUGGAAAGAUGAGCAGCAAAGUCGGACCUACGGAUGAUGUUGAGACUCAGCAUCAUGAGAUUAGCAAGUUGCAGUGA